AUGGACGCGAAAGCGAGAAUUCUGCCUAAUGGCGAGGCGGCGCCGGCGGCGGUCCUGGAUAGUCCGACCAACCCUAUGGUUACUCCUCUCCUGACCGAUCUCUAUCAGUACACCAUGGCUUACGCUUAUUGGAAAGCAGCCAAGCACAACGAUCGAGCUGUUUUUGAUUUGUACUUUCGAAGGAAUCCUUUUGGCGGGGAGUACACCAUUUUUGCUGGGCUUGAAGAAUGCAUUAAGUUCAUCGCGAAUUUCAAGCUGAAUGAGGGCGAGAUCUCAUUCGUCCGUCAAAGCCUGUCUGGUUCAUGCGAGGAUGGUUUCUUUGAUUAUCUUCGGGAACUUGAUUGCUCUGAAGUAGAAGCCUAUGCUAUUCCCGAGGGGUCCGUUGUUUUCCCUAAGGUACCACUGAUGAGAAUCGAAGGACCAGUUGCUGUUGUUCAACUAUUGGAGACCCCACUGUUGAAUCUUGUAAAUUUUGCAUCAUUAGUUGCAACAAAUGCGGCAAGACACCGGUUUGUUGCGGGGAAAUCGAAAAUGCUACUUGAGUUUGGACUUCGACGGGCUCAGGGACCUGAUGGCGCCAUAACUGCAUCAAAGUACUGCUACAUUGGAGGAUUUGAUGCAACAAGCAAUGUCGCUGCUGGGCGCUUAUUUGGUAUCCCCCUUCGCGGAACGCAUUCCCAUGCUUUUGUCAGCUCAUUUAUGAGUCCAGAUGAGAUCAUAGAGAAAUCACUCAAGAGCUCUGAUGGCUCAACUAACUGUGAAGAUUUUGUCAGUUUGGUCCACACCUGGUUAAACAAAAUACAGGCUGUGCAGUGGUCUAAAUCAUCGAAUGGUAUGUUUGGCCAGACUAAUCAUAGUGAGCUAGCAGCAUUCACGUCAUACGCAUUGGCAUUCCCAGGCAGUUUCCUGGCUCUUGUAGACACAUAUGAUGUUAUGAGGAGUGGGAUCCCUAAUUUUUGUGCUGUUGCUUUGGCACUAAAUGAUCUUGGAUAUAAAGCAGGUGGCAUUAGACUAGACUCUGGUGACUUGGCGUAUUUGUCUUCUGAGGCUAGAAAGUUUUUCCAGUCCAUUGAGAAGGAAUUUCGUAUUCCUGGUUUUGGAAAAACGAAUAUUACUGCUAGUAAUGAUCUCAAUGAGGAAACUUUAGAUGCUUUGAACAAGCAGGGGCAUGAAGUAGAUGCAUAUGGAAUCGGAACCUAUCUGGUCACAUGCUACUCUCAAGCUGCUCUAGGUUGCGUCUUCAAGCUUGUUGAGAUAAAUAGUCAACCUCGUAUCAAACUUUCGGAAGAUGUUACAAAGGUUUCUAUACCAUGUAAGAAACGGUGCUAUAGACUAUAUGGUAAAGAAGGAUAUCCACUGGUAGACAUAUUGACCGGAGAAAAUGAACCUAUUCCUAAGGUGGGAGAAAGGAUACUGUGCCGUCAUCCUUUCAACGAAUCGAAGAGGGCCUUUGUUGUUCCACAGAAGGUGGACGACCUCUUGAAGUGUUAUUGGCCCGGGACUUCAGGUAAACCAAGAGUAGAGUUGCCUUCUCUGAAGGAGACUAGAGAGCGCUGCAUCAAGCAGCUGGAGCAAAUGCGGCCAGACCACAUGAGACGGUUGAACCCGACACCAUACAAGGUGAGUGUAAGCGGGAAGUUGUACGAUUUCAUCCACUUCCUGUGGCUAAAUGAGGCUCCUGUUGGAGAGCUGCAGUGA